AUGUCGCCCCGAGAUCGAACAGCGCGCAUCGAGACUUUCACCUUCGCGGGCGAAGCGCCAAGGCCGCCGGGCGAGCACCGUUGCGCGUACUUCCGCGGCGCGUGCCGCCGCGGUCGUACGCCGCUUUUGUUUUUGCAACGCGUUUUCGACAAAGCGAAGGCAACGGUACACUGCUGCACCGGGGCACACGCAGAGUCGACUAUGACGAUA